AAGCACUGUAACAAUAUUUGGCAAUUGCAAAACUGCUUCCAAAAACAGUUUUACUGUGCUUAUUCAGUCCAUGCAAAAGUAAUUCGACUGUAUAUAUAUAACACACACACACACACACACACACACAGUAGAGUCAAGUAUCCGAACCAACUGUGACCGAUACUUGUAAGCAUAAUCGAUUUGUAUGGAUAAUCGAACAGGUAUUUAUAAAUGUAUAGAAUAAAGUUAACAUACACAAAUACUUAGAACACAAGUACCUACUGAUGAUGAUAUAUAGCUAGUAACCUAUUCUAUCACAUUAAGCAUACAAAAUUACAAAAGCUUUACAAAUCAUUAAAUUAAUGCAAUUUCAAAACUUAACACCUACAGUUAAGGUAAUUAAAUGCUGUAAUUAAACGUACCAUGUACCGAACUUUGAAAACCACAGAAUACAAUUCAGUACGUUUAUUUUGGGUCAUUGGAUAACGAGAAAACAGGUUAAGGUGAUGGACUGUCUGUGUCUGCUGCGGCGCUGCCUGUGUUCUGUGUGAUUCGAGUUGUUUCAAAAAGCAACUAGCUAUUUUGGUUUCUCCUCCUGUCAGAGGUAUGUCAGGCAUGGUGGUUUCUUUUAGUGCUGUAAACUCAUCUUUGUCAUCUCUGAAAAUGUGCCAGACCUAUAUCAGUACAGGGAUGGAAAUAGUGACCAACGUGGCCCUUGACUUGACAGAAACAGAAGGUGACCUGGACGAUGUGAACACAUUGGAGCAAAUGAUGUUGGAGUAUGCAGCAAUAGACCGCGAAGUAAACCACUUCAUACAAGCUGUCGAACAAGUGACACACCAGAUACGACAUGAAGAUCCAGAGAAAAUAUCUGAAUUAAAGGCACUGGUUCAAGAAAAGUUCAAUGGACUUCAAAACACUGCACAGGACUCAGACCUGCGACGCAAUGAGAAGUAUAUCCAGUUUAAAGAAAACCUGCAAGAAGCAAGGAAACAAGGUGGACUCCAGUCACCAGAGGGCAAUGAGAAAGAAAAUGAGAAUGAGAUGGAUGAUGACAUUGCUGUGACUCAGAGCCAAAGGAACACUAUUUGUCCCAUUACCCAGCUGGAGAUGGUGUCUCCUAUGAAGAACAAAAAAUGUAAUCACUCCUAUGACGAGCAGGCCAUUCUUGGACUGAUAAAGAGCAGACACAAUCAGAGAAAGAAAGCCCGACAGCUAACACGAUUCCGGAGCUGUCGCCUUGGGCCAGCACAAAGCCGGAACAGCACUUCACCACUGUCACGAAAUAAACUGUGUCACCCACCACGAGCACUACAGCACGCACCCAGGACUGGUGACCGUGUUUUGUACAUUGUGGGAAAGAUACGUGUAUUUAUUAUUUGGGACUGUAACCCAUUGAUUUAUUUCCAGUGCAUUACACAUUGUUGUGUAUUGCCUGGAGUUAUUGUUUGGUCACCAGACCGGGAUUAUAAUCAUUAAAACCUGUUUCCCACUGGA